AUGUCAAUACUACGUAGAAUGCUCCGAACACGUCGGGUAGAUGAACAGUUCCUUCGUCAUUCUGAAUGGGCUCGUCGCCUUGGAAUUCCAUUAAUGGUUGCUCUAGCUGGGAUCAAAUCGAUUUCUAUGAUGUUAUUCAUCAUUCUUCCCUUCUCAUUGACUCAAGUUGCCGGUCCGAGUACAGUUCUUGCUCUCAUUUUUGCUUUUUUGAUCAUUUUCUUCACAUCUGCUCAUCUAUCCGAAUUAUCAUGUACGAUGCCCAAAAACUGUGUCCAAUAUCAUUUCGCGUACGCAGUUGUUGGAGAACUUCCAGCAUUCGUUAUCGCUUGGAUCAGUUUGGUUGACUACGUGGCACAAGCGGGACUCUUUUGUAAAGCAUGGGCGGAUCAUUUUAAUCUUCUAUUCCGUGGGCUUCCAGCCAAGUCCCUAACAUUCGAUGUAUUCUCCGAAGACUCUUCAAUCCUCUCUCCACAAAUUGAUCUUCUCACAGUUCUCUCUGCUCUCAUCACUCUCUGUCUUCUACUUUGCUCUCUCCGUGUUGUUGGAACUAUAUGUGUAUCUCUUCUAGCCGUCACUCUCUUGAUUGCUGCUUCGUGUACAAUGGUUGCAUUCUUCCACUCGGAUCCAGAGAACUGGAUCAAAGCAGAAUUCUUCCAUUUUGGGUAUCAGGGGGUUCUCUAUGCGAUUUGUGCUCUUUGUGCCUGUUAUACUGGAAUAGAAAGCACCUCGUGUCUUCUGGAAGAGACUAAGAAUCCAAGAAAACGAAUUUCUGGAGUUUUAUCCUUUCUUGUGCUGGUACUGACCACAAUUUUCUUUGUUUUAUCCAUCACAUUCAGUUUAUCCACGAACGUGACAGCUCUAAGUGAAGGAAUCAUGAUUCCGGAAGUGUUUUCAGUUAUCAAUAUUCCUGCUGCAAAAUACAUGCUUUCCGUCUGCUCAGUUUGCGCACUAUCCGGUGGAGUCCUUGCAUCAUUUCUUCCAGCGACACGUGUCAUUGCAGCUCUUUGUCAUGAUCGUUUGAUCCCAUAUGCUCGUGACACUUCUACCAAAAGUCCCUACUUUGCGGUGCUUCUCUGCACAGUUCUGGUUGCUUUGUGUUCAAUGAUUCAGAAGACACUGCUUCUGAAUUUUGUCAUCUUUAUGGCUCCAGUUAAAAUGGUUAUUACGAUUCUUCUUGUUUAUAUUCAACAUUAUUAUCCGGAGCAAAUAGGUAUUCCUGAAGAGACAUCAAGUUAUAAAUCAAUUGGAAAAAAGAGAACUCGGGUUCAUAUUGAUGAUGGAGUUUCGAUAGAUGAUUCAGUUUCAUCGAUUGCUGUGCAAAGAGUCAAAAAAGGAGAUGACGAUGAGUCAGAAGUCAGUCAUUCCACAUUUGAUACUACUGCUUUCUUGUACAUGAAAGCAACUAAAAUGGAGACGGAAAGGCUGCAGAGGAGAUUGGAAAAAGAGCAAUUCGAGAAUGAGAAUGAGGAACGUCAACCAGUUCUUGCCAAAUCAGUCUCUCAAUAUCACUCGAUGGAUCAAAGUCAGAAAACGACUAAGAAAUCAAAGAAGCAUGCUCAUAACUGUGUGGCCGAGCAAUGUGGAGCUGAUAACGACGAUGACUACAACUCUCAAGAAGUUCAUCUUUUCGCGAAUGAAGAACCAGAAUUACCAUUCUUUUCCACCUUCUCUUCAUCAGCUCCUCGUCCUCCAUCUCCAGAUGUCAGCUUCACAAAUUAUCAUAAAUCUCAACGUCUUCUAUUCGUAUUCUGUUUCAUGACAGCAGCAUUUUCCACUUUUUUGAGAAAUUUCGCGAUGCCAACUACAACUUGUUGGCUUUUGAGUGCUGGAUUUGUCGUUAUUAUUCUAGUAUUCACAGUGAAUAUCAAUCGGUUACAAACUAAUGAUUAUCUAUACAAAAAAGAAUCAAAAGUGACACUGUUCCCAACUGCUUCCCUAUUCUCUCUAUUUCUUCUAUUGGUAUCAUUCUUUGGAAGUGUCCCAACUAGAACUUUGAUCCAUUUGACAGUUAUUUUCUUCACUUCUAUGAUCUCCUAUUUUCUAUAUGGUUAUCGACAUAGCAAACAUCGAAAAACAGCGUGUUUAGUGAUUGAGAAUAGAUAUUCCGACACCGCAGAUGACCAAUAUUGUCCAAUUGUUGGACUCGACACGAGUUCAAGUUCUGAAGAUUGA